AUGGCUCUCCGAACCUCAGGUCGAGCUCGCCUGGCGAGAUUCGCGUUGGAGCAAGGCCUUACCUGCAGCCCUUACCACUGGGGGUGUUUGAACAAGCUGCUGAAAGUGCUGGUGUCUCUGGACGACUGGCAGGCAGCACACGAGCUCGCGGCCUACAUGCUCCACCUCGCUCCCACCCACGGUCGCGCGCGGCAAGUGCUGGCCAUGGCGAACGAGGUGUUCCACCCGGACCCUGCUGCGCUGCAAGCAGCAUUGGACGGGCUUGCUGCUCGCUCCUCCGCUGCUGCUGCUGGCGAUGAGAAUGGCCUGGAUGCUGGGCCGUCAGCAGGGGCAACUGCAGGGUUCCCAGCAGAGGAAGCACAGGAGCAAGAGCCUGAGCAGCAGGGGAGCACAGUGGGCAGCAGUGAGGUGUCCGUUCAACAACACGACCCAGUGCUUGAGCUGCGCGGUCGCUCCUGGGCCGAGCUGAUCCUGAACAUUGUACACGUGUUUCGCACGGUGCAGCAGCGGUCGGUGGAAAGGCGGGGAUUGGAGUACCCUCAGCCGGUGGCUGGCGUGUUGGUGACAGUUGUGCUGGCGGCCAGCCCGCAAGGAGGUCCUGCCAAGUCAAGGAAGCGGAUGAGACACCCGUUGUCGUUUGUGGGCACGGAGAGGCGAACACGGCAGCAGAUGAAGGAGAUGCAGGUGCAGGAGGCCAAGGGGAAGGAGAGCACCCUGCUGCAGAGCGCAAAGCCCCUUCCACCGAAGAGGCUGCGUGUGUUUGACAUUCUGAGUGCUUGCUUCAGGCAGCAGUCGCGCUUGAUAGGAGCCUGUGAUGUGGAUGGCUUGGGGGUUGCGGGGAAGAAGGGAGAGGGUAAGGAGAGUGUUACAGAUGGUGUUGCUGCAGAUGGCAUUGGUGUGGAUGCUGCUGUUGUCAGUGCUUGUGUGGAGAAUGGUGGUGUUGCGUGCGACGGUUUACAGAUGCUGCACAUGCUGCGACGCAAGCAAGUGCAGGUGCGGUUUUUCUCCAAGGAGGAGGUGUGGAGCAGUGUGAGCGUGGCAGCAGGUGCCAGUGGUGCUGAAGCGGGUGCCGGUGGUGGUGUGUCAGAGGGAGUUAAGGCUGCUGAUGAUCGUGACCCUGCUCGAGAUGCAGAGCGGUUGGGUGUGGUCCAGCAAGUAAGUGCAUCAGAAGUGGAGCAAGUGCAGUCAUUCCUCGCUGCUCUACCCAAGCGCCUCCCUCUCCUCCAGGCGGCCUCUCUUGUCCUGCAGUACUUAGCCUCUCACCUUCCCCUCUGGGCCUUCACACCCUCCGUUCUGGACGCUCUCCUCUGGCUUGAAAGACAUGCAGCUUCGUGGGAAGGCCGCUCUCCCCGUGUUUGGCUGUAUCUGGGGGAGAUUUAUCUGGUGAAGGGGUUGCAAAGUGAUGGCGAAAGCAGAGGGCGGCGGGAGGCAGUGGGAGGGGUGGUGCAGAGGGAGUGCGUGCAUUGCCUUGCCAUGGCUGAGCAGGGGCAGAUGGACGAGGAAGGGGUGCGGUGGGAGGUGGAUGGGGAUUUGUGGAGCCGAGUGGGAGGAGGGAGAGCACCACCAGAAGAAGCAGACAGAGAGGUGGAGGAGCUAGGUCAGGGGAAGGGGCAAAGUGGUUUAUGGGGCUGGGAGAAGGUGGGGUUCUGGGUUCGGCUGAGAGCAAGUCAGGGGCAGGUGGCGAUGCGGAGGGGCGAGCAUGGGAGGGCGAUUGAGCUGUUCACGUGGUGCAGGGAUGCGCUGGGCAGAGCGGAGCAGAGCAUAGGCCGCUCAGAUGGAACGGGUACAUUACCAGGCACGGCCGGGCCUGAAGCAGUAGCAGCAGUAACACAUGCAGCAGUGGAGGUGCCUCAUUUAGCAUGUGUAUGGGGCCCCAAAGGGGGUAUUUCAGUGCAGGGUUUGGAAGAGCUGUUGAGUGAGCUGCAUGUGGACUGUGUACUGGCAGGGCUGUCAGGGACAGUAGAGGGCGAGACGGGGCAAGAGCUACCCCAACCGCCGCCGCAGCAGCAACAGCUGAUUGAUAUGAUGAAGCCCUUGCUGUUGAGGGACGGGGCAGCAGGAAUGGGCGGUGGAGCUGGGAGGCAGAGGGGCAAUAGUUACUGUCUCCCAGGCUUGGUUUCUCAGGGUUCAGUUUCAGAUGGUGGACAAGUGGUGAAUGCAGACAGCCAUCAGAGCGAGCAGAGCUCUGUCAAGUGGUUGGAGACGCUCAAGAGGCUUGUUGCUGCCACACGUGGAAUGGCCGAGGAGCAGCCGUUGACGCUGGUUUGUUACAAGCACAUCCUCGCACUGCUGUCCAGCAGAAUUAGCAUGGGAGUGCUGCCCCCUGCGCCUGCGAAAGCAACGCCAGUGGCGUCAGCUGCUUUGGAAGGCUCUGCUGCAGCUGCUGGGAAAGCCUCUGCUGGUGGUGGUGGCAGAAGUGAUGCUGGUGCGAGCUGUGAUGCGGAGCUGAUGCAGACAGUGCAGGGGCUGAGGGACUUGACGGUCGCCAUGGCGCUUGGGACAGGAUUGGAUUCGCAGGUGCAGGAACAGCACUUGGAUGAAUUGCAGCAAGUUGUGGCAGUGCUUAUAGAUUUCGCCUUCUACAAGCACCGCUUGUUACAAGAACAGCCAGCGAGCCAGCUGUCAAGGGAGGUGUACCAGCCAGGCUUGGGUGCUGCAGCAGCAAGAAGUGGGAUUCUGGCAGCAUGGCAGGGGAUGGUGGCAGCGUGGCAGGGGCUGCUGGUGGAUCUAUGCAUGGCCCUCUGCUGCCUGCAGCACUUGCGCGUGUCUGUGAAUCCAACAGAUAAGGUAUGGGAUACUGGCAGCGUGGCAGGGGAUGGUGGUGGCAUGGCAUGGCAGGGGCUGCUGGUGGAUCUAUGCAUGGUGCUCUGCUGCCUGCAGCACUUGCGCGUGUUUGUGAAUCCGACUGAUAAGGAACCAAGAGUACGAAGUCUGAAGGGUGGAAGAGGAGGAGAAGGUAGGGAGGGGGUUGGUGGAUUAGGUGCUAAUGGGGGCAGCAGUGCGAGGGACGUGCAAAAGACUGGUGACAAUGGUGGGGGUUCUGCUGGUGUCAAGGUUGAGGGAGCUGCUGUUGGACUUGGCAGCACUGCUGGUCUGGUGAGAGCAAGUAUUGGAACGAAUGGGGAAAGAGUUAUUGGCAGCGGGCAGGGCGAGAAGGUGGAGGAUACACAUGCGAAGAGAUGCGCGCUGCAGGAAAUUGAAGGGGCUAUGGACCAAUGCUUUUUGUGCUUAUACGGGGUACAGCUGAGAGGGGCUGAGGUGGAUGUGGGUGCGGAGAGCAGCGGUGGUGCUGCUGGGCAGGAGGCAGCAGCAGCAGGGUUGGUUCGUCAUGAGAACACCUUGGCUGGGGAGUUGAAAUCCAAGGACCAAUGCGCUCGAGCGUUGAGGCACAUGGCACCGUUUGCUGCCUCCUUCACUAUCGAGCGACUUGUGAAGCUGGUACCGCUGCUGACGUCCAUCCACUCCUUCUUCCCCUCCCCUCCCCCUGCCAUCCUCGCCCGUCACUCUGUGGAGCCGUUUUUGGAUGAUCCACAAAUAAACGACUGGGGAAUGGCGGGGAGGAUUCUGGUGCAGCGGAAGAGGUUGGGAGAGGAGGGGAAGUUGGGAGGGGGGCGGGCGAUGGGGGAGGAUGGGGUUGCGGAGGAGGGCAGGAGGAGUAUGGAGGAUAAGGAUGGUGCGUUUGGUGUGAAGGGGAAGGAGAUGAUGAGUGAUGAAGGAGAACAAAUCAAUCGUGCCAGCACGUUCGAUACAUCACCAGACCUCUUGUCUUGCAUACCAGUCCUGCGUCCCCACUCGUUCCUCUCUGACUGGACCUCCUCCCACCAUCCAGCAGCCCACCAUUCAGACUCGUCCCAUGCCAUGAACAGUGACACGUACGCUGACGUGUACAAUCCGCUCUUCGCCAUGCUGGCACGCAUAGAACCCAUCCCCAUGGGCCACCACAUGCCUCCAGGCUUUUUCCUAGAGCCAAAAGGCCACUCCCACGUGCUGCAGGUCACUUCUCCUCUGCUCGCUGACCUCUGCUACCAUCCCAGCAACACAGACUCAUGGCUCAAGCUCGCACUGUUCUAUGAUGAGGCCUCUGACCUCAUGUUGAACGAUGGGGCGAAGAUGAAGGGGCCUGCGGAAUGGCAUGCGGAGGAGGGGGUGUUGGGGAGGCUGCAGGGGUACAGGCAGCGGUGCAUGCGGUGCUUGGUAGAGGCUAUCGCUACUCCUGGCUGCCGGCUUCCCUUUGAAGUGGCAGCGCUUGAGGAGAGGGAUUCGAGAUGGGAGGGGUGGACGGGGCGUGAGGGGAGGAAGGUUUGGGAGGGGCGGAAGGAGAGUGAGGUUUGGGAGGGGUGUGAGGAGCAGAGGAAGAGGGUGGUGAGUGUGUUGGAGCUGCUGGCGUUUGUGGUGUAUGACUCGAUUCAGAACGUGGUGCCAUCUUAUGACAGGCUCAGGCACCCGCAAGUCAAGGAUGACCUCUGGCUGAACCGCUGCCGCCUGGCCUUUCAACUCUUCCGCAUCCUGCAAUCACUCUCGUAUGUUGCGCCCUUCCCAAACUGGCAGUACCCAUUCUUUCAGGGCAAGCUGGCCGAGAAGCUUCACCUGCCCGCCUCUCUCGCCCUCCCCUUGAUGCGCCGAGCUGUCUCCCUGCGCCCCAAUGCUGUGGACACAGCCUACCGCCUGCAUGCCUCACGGCUCAAGGCGCUUGCACGGAGCUGUGUGGAGACUGCGCUGAGUGAUGAUGACAUCCGGGCGCUUGUGUCCAAUAGUGAAACCAAGGAUGCGCUUGCCAAGCUUCUGCAACAGAUUGAAGAGGACGCUAAACUUGGAGGGGGUGUGACUGCAGCGGAGGGGAGCAUAGCGAGGGACAAUGGCCAUGUGACAGAUGGGGGAGAGAGAAAAACUGAGAAUGGAGAAGACGAAGGUGUGGAGGGUAGAGGAGAGGCUCACGAGGAGAAGGAGGUGGAGAGGGGGGUUGCAGAAGGGCUGGGGGCUGACAAGGGAGCAGUGGGCAAGAAGGAUGGGGCUGAUGAGGAAUUGGAGAUGGAGAAGGGGGUUGCUGAAAGGUUGGGAGUUGACAAGGGAGCGGAAGGUGAGAAGGAUGGGAGCGAUGAGGUACUGGAGAUGGAGAGCUUCAAGGAGAGGAAGGAGGGGGCAACGCAGGAAGAAGAGGCAGAUGCGGGGAAGGGUGGAGAAACGGAGGAGUAUAAAGAGGGGGGGACACAGAAGGGCGGAUUGAGAGGAAGGCAGAUGGAAAAUGAGGAGAAAGGAGGUGGUGGUGAUGGUGGUGGUGGUGGGGGAAUUGGGGGAGAGGUUGAAGAAGAUGACGAUGAUGAUGUGGUGCUGGUUGAGCCGACCCAAGUUCAGCCGACCCAAGUGGAGUCAACCCAGGAUUCCAGCUCUGUCAAGAAACGCAAGGGCGGAGAGUUUCCCAAUGGCACAGGCAACAAGCACUUGCGAAUGGCAGAAGAAGGGGAUUCGUUGGGACGAACAGAGCAGGGAGAUGCAUCUGGUGUGGAAGCUUCAAGAGCAGCUGCAGAACCAGGUGUGCAGUCAGGGGAGCAUGGUGCAGGCGAAGCUGAUUUGAAAGGGGAGCAGCAGAAAGCAGAGGAGGGGGAAGGUGAACAGCUGGAGCAGCAAGGGAAGAAGCAGAACGCUCCUGUGGUUGAUAUCCAACAGCUGAGGCAGCACUGGCCCUUGGUGUGGCAGCAUCUGUUCCAGGAGAGCGAGAAGGGAAUGAGAGAGUGCCUAGAAGGCGAUUUCAAGCACUUCCACAGGGGGAGGUACUGCCUGGCGAAGGCGUAUCUGAGGCGGGGAGCGCCUGGAGACUUGGAGCGUGCCAAAUCAGAGCUCGGGUUUUGCUUCCGGAAGGCCAAAGUGGCAUUUGCAAUGAACAUGUGGGAGAUCUGCAUUCACACGAAGCAUGCCCCGAGGCCGAAAGGAGGGUCCAAGGGGGCGCGGGUGAGGAGGAAAGUGGUGGGGUUGGCAUCGGUGGAGGUGGCUGAGAGCUCUCGGAAGUUCAUGACGAGUGUGAGAUUGUACCUGAUGAUGUACCUCAGGCUCUGCUGCUACACCGGCGAUGUUGCUGCCUUGGAAGGGGCGCUUUCCACUCUCAAGACUGACAAAGAGUUUUCCACAGCACUCGUGGACCUAGUGCCCUUAGCUCUCGCCCUCCUUGUGCUCUCGAUUCAUGCCUCCGCACACCCAACCUCUGAGCAAACCACUCAACGCACCUCUGCUGCACUAGGCAUUGCCCCACCAGCAAGCGCCAUUCCCACAUCUGCGCCUGCUCCUGCAGCCGAGGUGCUCCGACUGUCCCGGGUCGCUUACGUUGAGACAGUGGCCAGGGGUGGGGAAGCUAGAUAUGGUGAAAAGGACGGCACAGCAGCACAGCACUUGGUUUGGGAGGAAGAGCAGGAGAGGAGCUGGUUUGAUAUGACAGAAUGGCACGUGCUGUCAGCUCUCAAGCUGUACGCUCAGAAGAGUGACCUCGACUUUUUCGCGUCAGCUGCUGCCAAAAUCAGGACUCGAGCUCCCUCCCCUCCUUCUCCUCCCUACCCUCCGGCUCCUUCAUGCCCUCUUUCCAAGCAUCCAGUUACCCCGUGCAACACCACCAACCCAACCCAGACAUGUAUAACCCAAACCCCACCCGGUCAAGAUGCACCUCAACCCUCACUACCGUUCUCAUCCCUUCCACCCUCGGCUCUUCACCACACGCCAUCGGCACCCUCCUCCCUGCCUCCUCAUAAUCCCUCCCACUUCCCUUUCCCUUCCUCCUCUUUGCAUCCCUCCACCCCCCUUCCUCUUUCCUAUUUGAGGCAAGCUGCUGCUUGUGCCCACCGAAUGCACGUGCACACGAUGCUGUGCUGGUCGCAUGCCCUUCUUGGCGCUCUCUCAGACAUCCUCCCUGUCUCUGCCUGGCCUCUCUUCCCCUGGCUGCACCCGCUCUCACUCUCCGACUUGCCAUCCGCCACCCCUCCUCUACUGUGUAAGGGAGCUGCUGUGACAGACAAGGAAGAGGACAAUAACGGGGGGGCAGAAGAACACAUCGGGUUAGAGGAACGAGAUUUGGAAGGAACUGAAGAAGGCUCGGUUGGUGGAAGUGAUAGUGAAGAUUCGGUACUCAAUUUGAUCUCUGAAGAUGAUGAUGAGGAGGAGGAGGAGGAGGACGAGGAGGAGGAGGAGGAGGAGGAUGAGGAGGGCAAAGACGAGGAGAAGGAAGCAGAGGAAGGUGGGAGGCGGGAUGCUGGGAAGGGUAUGGACGAAGCAGGUAUGGGCGGGAAAGUAUGUGAAGGUGCAGGGGGAAAGGAAGGAGUGGAUCAACCAUCCACACGAGCAGCAGGAGGUGUGCAAGCAGGAGCAGCAGGGUCUGUCCCUGUAUUGACGAGAGCAGGGCUCAGAGUUACCAUACCACUGCUGCAAACCCGGAUGCCCGCACAACCUGCACCAUAUCCUUCUUCUGCCUCUGAUGCCGCUGCUCUGCUCCACAAUCCCAUGCAAUCACAAUCGCCUCUGGCUCUUCCUUCCAGCGCUAGCACAAAGGCCUUUGGCGCAAUCUCAGCCACUCGUGCACCCGCUGCUGGGUCUGCUGCUGCGUCCCUCCCUUCCACUCCCUCUUGUGCUCCUUCUUUUCCAGGCAAACCCAUCUGCACCACUUCCUCUCCCUCCCCGUUCUCUGCUGGGCCCUCUUCCUCCCCAUUCCCCUCACUUACUCCCCCUCGUGUCAAUCUGCUCCUUCUUAAAGCCAAGGCAAGUGAAAGCGAUGCAGAUCGAGCACUAGCCCUGUUGCGGUCAGCCCAGGCCUUAGAGCGGGAGGCCUCAGGGGAGCUUCCUUUUGGCAAAAUUCUAGGGGGAGGGAAGAAGGGGGGAGUGAGUGGUGGGGGAGGAGCGUUGGGAAUGAAGCGGAUGAAAGCUGUUGCGAGGGAAGGCGCGGGGUCUGGCGCGAGAGCGGAGGUGCUGGGGAGGAGUGUGGGAGGAGAGGCAGGACAUGGGAUGCAAGUUACUGGUACGAGUUUUGUUGAAAGGAAGGCAGGUGAAGUAUUGGAGCACAUUGGAGGGGGGGAAUUGCCACAGGAAGGAAGGAGCAAUGAGGAAGAGGAGGUGGAGGAAUGGAGAAUGAGGCUGCAUGGUUUGAGCUCGCAGUUGCUGGAAGUGGCUUAUGCUCUGGUGUAUGGCCGGUCCCUGGCCGCUCUUGCUGCUGCUGAACAGGCGCAGGCACAGAUGAAGGUGCAGGCGGAGGAGCAGGCACGGGCAGAGGAGCUGGCAGAGGGGGGGAAGCGGGUUCAAGGAGAGAGAGCUUUGAACGGACAGGAAGACGAGGGUCAGCAAGCUCUGGUGCCAGGCACAGAAACCGAGGCGAAGGUCACCACUGCAACAGCACUGAAGUCAGCUGCAGCAGCUGCUUCAUCAGCAGCUGUGUCUGCAGGUGUUGUCACAACCGCAUGUAGCCCUGCGAGGCGGAUGGAGCAGCAUCCCUCACCUUGCAAAGUGCGUUCCGCCGAUGCACAACCUCUUUUUGCAACCGCUGCAUCGCCAUCUGCAGCUGUCUCCCGUGAUGCUUCUCCCGCUGCUGCUCCAGCCCAAACUCCUUGUGCUGCUGCUGCUGCCUCUCCAUCCCGUUCUCUUGUCCCAGAUGCUGCUGAUACGGGUCUCCAGGCUUCUCCUCAUCUCCCCAAAGUUCCCUCCUGCUCCCCCACUCGUGCUGCACCUGCUCUCAAGCCUCCGCUUGCUCGCCUCCCCAAGCUAGCGCGGCGCUUUCAGGCUGGCUUGAAGAGAAAGCAGGCAGAAGGGGAGGAUGUUGGGCGGAGUAUGUGUUUGGAAGGUCACAGUGCCGGGUGGAAUGGAGACGCGGUGAAUGAAGCAGACAAGAGAAGAACAGGAGAUCAUGCGGUAGCGGCAGUGGCAGAAGCAGCGGCAGGAGCAGCGGCAGAAGCAGCAGCUUAUGAAGGAGUAGUGAACGGUUGGACAGGCUGCAGCCGCACAGAUGGAGUCAGAGUUGCACCGAGCACUGCCAUUAAUGGCUCCUCUGUGAAGGGGAAGUGGAAGGAGGAUAGGGAUGACAGGCGACGAGGUAGCUUUGAGAAAGGCCGAAAGGUGGUGGAUGGAAGAGGUGUGGGCUGUGAGAAGGUGGAUGUGGAGGGAGGUGAAUGGCAGGUGCGUGGAGAGGAGGAUGAGGUGCAAGAGGAGGGGAAAGAAAGUGAUAACGUGGUUCCGCAGCAGAAUGUGCGGCUGGAGGGGAGGCGUCAGCAUCGGUUGAAGGAGUUGGGUAAUGUGGUGGCUUCUGUAGGAGGAGCACAUGGAAAGGAAGAGGAUUGGGAUGAGGAGGCGGAAGAGGAUGGGAAGAAUGCAGGGGGUGGGAAUAAGGGAGAUGAGAAAAAAUGUGCGGAGCAUUGUAAGAGCAGUUUCGGUGGGCGUAGAGAUGGUGGAGAGGUUGUAAGAAAAGCCAAAGCAGGUGGAGCAGUAGAUGGUAAGGUGGCACCUUUGCGUCAGGGGAGCAGGCCGGCAUUGUCACUGCAGAAUGACGCAGGAAAGGUCUCUGAGGCAAAGAAGCAGCUCGCGGCUGCAGCUACGUCGGCCCAGGAAGCUUCCCCAUCCACUGGCCCUUCUUUGUCAAGGCCUGUCAAACCCACAUCCAAGCCCUCCGUCCAGCCUCUUGCCAGGCCUCCCGCCAAGCCUCCUUCGAUGGCUUUAGUCAAACCUGGCCUCAAACCUGUCCUCAAACCUGUCCUCAAGGCGAAGCAGACUAAGAAAGCAACCUCAACUCCUGCUGCUCCAUCAAUUCAUGAGAGUCUAUCAAUGUCCCAUUCGGCUCUUCAAAUGCACCCAGGCACUCCAUCAACUUCUCAUCAAGGACCCAACAGAGGAGCCAGGCAGGGGGCGUCUGUGCAGAAGAAGGCAGUAAUGGCAGUGGCUGGGGCUGUGGGAGAAGACACGGGUGGGAAGACCGGGAAGCUGGGGGGACAGGAGGCUGGAACGAGUGGGGUGGUGAGGAAUUCUGCUGGAGGAGGCGUGCAGAUGGCAGGUGUUAGUGGUGAGGGUGGAGCAGAAAGUAUGCGAGCAGUGCUGAAAAGGAAAAGAGCAGUGGCUGUUGCUGAUGAGAGUGCUCGACGUAUUGCUGCCCCAGAGUGGGAGAGGCAGAGUGGCAGUGGCGGUGGUAAAGACAGGGAAACUGAAGGUGAGAGGAGUGGUGAAAAAUAUUGGAAAAGGGAGGGAAAAAACUGA